CCUGGCGGGCGCGGGGCGGAAGCCGCAGAGCCCGCCCGGCUCCGGCCUCCCGGGGCUCCGGUGCCGCUCGCUCGCAGCGCCUUCGCCGUCCUCCCGCCGGACGAGGUGUUAUAAUUUCAAGAAAUGCUGUGACAUAUUUGAAGAACAACACUCACAGAAGCUUCUGUUGUGUGAAAUUUUUAAAACUAGAAUGGCCUUGAAAAAAACACCUAAACUAUUUAAGACAUUUUUUCACUGGAAACUUUGGAAGUUUAGUAUUAUUGUGUUUGUCUUUCUGGUAUUUUUAUUUUUAUUACAAAGAGAAGUGGGUGUUCAAGAUUUUAAGGAUGAAGCAGGGAUUGAGCCAGUUGUUGGGAAGAAAAGUCAUGUGUUAGGUCUUGUGUUAAAUGCUAUGAACAAUAUCAAAGGUGCAAAGCCAAAAAUGCAGAUAAAAGCUCCCAUUAGGCAAACUAAGGUUCCUGGAGAGAGACACUGCUUGCCAGGGCACUAUACUCCAGUGGAACUGAAGCCCUUUCUAGAUCGGCCCCUUCAAGAUCCUAAUGCUCCUGGAGCUUCUGGCAAAGCUUUUAAAACCAUCAACUUAAAUUCAGAAGAACAGAAAGAAAAACAGGCUGGAGAAGAGAAACACUGUUUUAAUGCAUUUGCAAGUGAUAGGAUUUCUUUACACCGAGAUCUUGGACCAGACACUCGACCUCCUGAAUGUAUUGAACAAAAGUUCAAGCGCUGCCCACCAUUGCCAACCACAAGCAUUAUCAUAGUUUUCCAUAAUGAGGCGUGGUCAACUCUGCUCAGAACUGUCCACAGUGUGAUGUACACAUCUCCUGCCAUACUGCUGAAAGAGAUUAUUUUGGUGGAUGAUGCCAGUGUAGAUGAGUACCUGCAUGAUAAACUAGAUGAAUAUGUGAAACAGUUUCAAAUAGUUAAAGUAGUCCGUCAGAAGGAAAGAAAAGGUCUGAUCACUGCACGGUUGUUGGGAGCUUCUGUAGCAACAGCAGAGACCCUUACCUUCCUGGAUGCUCAUUGUGAAUGCUUUUAUGGCUGGUUAGAGCCAUUAUUGGCAAGGAUAGCUGAGAAUCCUGUUGCUGUUGUAAGCCCUGACAUUGCUUCUAUCGAUCUCAAUACCUUUGAAUUCAGUAAACCAUCUCCUUAUGGGCAUAGCCACAACAGAGGAAAUUUUGAUUGGAGUUUGUCAUUUGGAUGGGAGUCUCUUCCUAAACAUGAGAAUAAAAGAAGAAAGGAUGAAACCUAUCCAAUUAGAACACCUACUUUUGCUGGAGGUCUCUUUUCAAUAUCAAAAGACUACUUUGAACACAUUGGAAGCUAUGACGAAGAAAUGGAAAUAUGGGGAGGUGAAAAUAUAGAAAUGUCUUUUAGAGUAUGGCAAUGUGGUGGACAGUUGGAGAUCAUGCCUUGCUCUGUUGUUGGCCAUGUCUUUCGCAGCAAGAGUCCCCAUACUUUCCCAAAAGGUACUCAGGUGAUCACACGCAAUCAAGUUCGCCUUGCAGAAGUGUGGAUGGAUGAAUAUAAAGAAAUAUUUUACCGAAGAAACACAGAGGCAGCAAAAAUUGUGAAACAAAAAACAUUUGGAGAUAUAUCAAAAAGACUUGAUUUAAGGCAGCGCCUACAGUGUAAAAAUUUUACCUGGUACCUCAGUAAUGUUUAUCCAGAAGCAUAUGUGCCAGACCUGAAUCCUUUGUUUUCUGGAUAUUUAAAAAAUAUAGGUAACCACAUGUGUCUGGAUGUUGGUGAAAAUAACCAUGGUGGCAAACCCUUGAUUAUGUAUUCUUGUCAUGGACUUGGAGGUAACCAGUACUUUGAAUAUUCUGCACACCACGAAAUUCGCCAUAACAUUCAGAAGGAGCUUUGUCUGCAUGCUUCCAAGGGACCUGUGCAGCUUCGUGAGUGCACUUACAAAGGGCAGAAAACCUUUGCUGUUGGGGAGGAGCAGUGGCUGCACCAGAAGGAUCAAACUCUGUACAAUGAAGCACUACGUAUGUGCCUUACAGGAAAUGGAGAGCAUCCGAGUUUGGCAUCCUGUAAUCCAUCAGACCCUUUCCAGAAGUGGAUCUUUGGCCAGAAUGAUUAAGAUUUGAUAUUAUAGGCCAGAAGCAUUUUAUUAAAAGAAAAGAACCAUCCUGAACUGUGAUCAUCUGCCUAUACUGGAUUUUUAUGUGAUAGUUUAAAUGCAAAAUGUUGAAACAGUUUCUUUUCCCUCUUAAGUUGGAUAUAAAAUGUGUCAUAAGAGAUUCCCUGGGAGCCUGGUAUACCAAAGAUAAUUGGGAUCCUGGUUAUAUUUUGUUUACAAUAUUUCUAUUAUAAGACUUUAUAUGUUGACCACUGAUUUAUGGAUCCUGUUAGUUCUCUUAUCUUAGUGGCCAUAUGUGGGGUUUUUUUUUACGUACUCUAAGUACUUCUGAAGAAGACUAAUUUUCUCUGUAGUGUCGUGAGAAAUUAUUGUCUACAGUCCAAAACCCAAUACACUUUAUUAGUAUGGUUUUUAUGCUCAAA